UUUUGUGAACUUCGUCUGUCCAGCACAAAUUCAACAAGUCUCAACCAAAGCAAAGGCUGAUUAUUCUUAUAGAUUGAAACAAAAGUGCUUCAGACGGGAUAAAGAAUAUGAAAAGUGCUCAGACUUGCUUCUCAAUCAGCUGCACUUGUCUUUGAGAAACCUGAAGUGUUUGCAGAAGAUCAACAUGAAUCAGAGAAAACCUGCGAGAGGCCGUCAAAAUCAGCUCUUCACCCCAAAUCACAUUCAUCCAAACCCAAAACACCUAUUUCAGCUAAACGUUGGGAAUGACCAAAUUCACCAUCAGAAGCUGUCAAGCUCUCAACUCAUUCACUUUCUGAAAACAAGCAGAAAACUUCUGUCAUCAGCUGAUGAAGUCAAAUACAGGCCAAACAUAACCGAGUCUUCAUUUGAUCUGAUGCAGCAACAAAACAUCAGCGCAGCAGCGUCUGUGGAUCAGAGAGCCGUGGCUUUGAGUCGAGGGCCCAGCAGCAGAGGUUGCACAGACAUUAAGGUGGAGGUCAGGAGGAUUGACUAUGGAGAUGUUGUUUGCGUCUCUCUUUGGGAUGUUAAGGAACUGUGUGGAGAAGCAGCAUCCAAACCUGUGCAAGCGCUGCAGGUCUCUCUGGUGAAUGUGAGGCCAGUGAAUGGAGAAACAUGGUGUUUUGAAGCGAUCAGCUGGUUCAAGAGUAAAGUGCAGAACAAGACUCUUUAUGCCAGGCUUUACCCAGAAGAAGUAGUUUUGGUUGAACUCUUCAUGGAAAAGGGAAAGAUUGGUGCUAUGAGGCAAGGACGACCCCAUUCUCACUUAAAUGAUUUUCUCAAGUAUUACAGAAAUCUGUAAAGGUUUUUUUUUGUUGUUGUUAAAUUGGUGUGCGACACUUGCUAAUCCCAUUUUAAAAGUGAUGUUCCUGCCUCAGCAAUCUGCUGUGCUCUCAGACAAGAGUUUUACAGAAAUGAUUAUAAAAAUGCUGCUGCGGAUACAUAUUAUUGAAGACCACGCUGUGACUUAGACUCUGUGUGCUGCCCUCGUUUUAUAAUGGACAAAUAGAAA